CCCCCUUCUUCCUUUCUUUCUUUCUCACAACCCACACCACAUUCAAUAACCAAAAAUGUCGUACAAGGUCGCUGACAUCUCGCUCGCCGCUUUCGGCCGCAAGGAGAUCUCCCUCGCCGAGAAGGAGAUGCCUGGUCUCAUGUACUUCCGUGAGAAGUACGGCCCCUCGCAGCCCCUCAAGGGUGCCCGCAUUGCUGGCUGUCUCCACAUGACCAUCCAGACUGCCGUCCUCAUCGAGACCCUCACCGCUCUCGGUGCCGAGGUCACCUGGUCGUCGUGCAACAUCUUCUCCACCCAGGACCACGCCGCUGCUGCCAUCGCCGCUACCGGUGUCCCCGUCUACGCCUGGAAGGGCGAGACCGACGAGGAGUACACCUGGUGCAUUGAGCAGACCCUCACCGCCUUCCCCGACGGCAAGCCCCUCAACCUCAUCCUCGACGACGGAGGUGACCUCACCACCCUCGUCCACGAGAAGUACCCCCAGUACCUCGCCGACAUCCGCGGUGUCUCUGAGGAGACCACCACCGGUGUCCACCACCUCUACCGCGCUCUCAAGGACGGCAAGCUCAAGCUCCCCGCCAUCAACGUCAACGACUCGGUCACCAAGUCCAAGUUCGACAACUACUACGGCUGCCGCGAGUCGCUCGUCGACGGCAUCAAGCGCGCCACCGACGUUAUGAUUGCCGGCAAGGUUGCUGUCGUCGCCGGCUUCGGUGACGUCGGCAAGGGCUGCGCCGAGUCUCUCCGCUCGUACGGUGCCCGUGUCAUCGUUACCGAGAUCGACCCCAUCAACGCCCUCCAGGCUUCCAUGUCGGGCUACGAGGUCGCCACCAUGGAGGAGGCCGCCCCCCAGGCCAACAUUGUCGUCACCACCACCGGUAACCGCGACAUUGUGACCGCGAACGACUUCCUCGCUUUCCCCGACUACGCCAUCGUUUCGAACAUCGGCCACUUCGAUAUCGAGAUUGACGUUGCCUGGCUUAAGGCCAACGCUGUUGAGCACGUCAACAUCAAGCCCCAGGUUGACCUCUUCACCCUCACCAACGGCCGCCACAUCAUCCUCCUCGCCGAGGGCCGUCUUGUCAACCUUGGCUGCGCCACUGGCCACCCCUCGUUCGUCAUGUCGUGCUCGUUCGCCAACCAGGUUGCGGCCCAGAUCGCGCUCUGGAACGACAAGGAGGGCAUUUACCAGCGCCCGAGCGUGUCUGUCUUGCCCAAGCACCUUGACGAGGAGGUUGCGAGGGCGCACCUUAAGCAGCUCAAUGUCCGCUUGACCACUCUUACUCCUGUCCAGCAAGACUAUUUGGGCCUGUUCCCCGAGAAGGCGGACUUCGAGGGCUUCAAGCCUGCUCACUACCGCUACUAAGGAAAGGCGCCCUGUCGGCCUCAACAGCCAUAUCCAGAUCGCUCUUCUAGCCGGCCAUUGGUGCCGGUGGUAGCCGUUUCGUAAAAAGUAUACCCCCGCAUGUCCCGUUCCAAAGCGACGGACUUGGUUCACUCUGUUCACCCUCAUCAAAUAUCCCCUCUAUACACCAACACUCAUCCUACUUUCAACACUGUAGGCGUACAACAAUCACAACCCCAACAACAUAGGUGGUGCGCGCGCACCACGACCAGCAGAUUCAGUAGUCCUUGUUCGCGUUGGUCUUACCUUUCGUACUCUCUCUCCCUUGGCCCACCUGGCAAGACGAGUGUAUGCAUUGGACUGGCGGCAG